UCCCGGUAUAAAAAGGAAGCUGCGUCCUAACAAAGGAUUACUGAACUCACCGGCUCAGCGGAAUCAGGACACGUCGUCUUCCUCCCUAGAAAAAUCAUUUGUCAAGAAGCACCAUGUCUAACGAGGAACGUACAUUUAUCGCCAUCAAGCCCGACGGCGUUCAGAGGAGGCUAGUCGGUGAGAUCAUCAAACGGUUCGAGGUGAAAGGAUUCAAACUCGUGGGGAUGAAAUUCCUGCAUGCCCCAGAGUCUCUGCUGAAGGAGCACUACGAUGACCUGAAGGACCGGCCCUUCUUCCCCAGCCUGGUCAGCUACAUGAACUCUGGUCCCGUCUGCGCCAUGGUGUGGGAGGGGAUGAACGCUGUGAAGACUGGCAGAGUGAUGCUGGGAGAGACCAACCCUGCCGACUCCAAACCAGGAACCAUCAGGGGAGACUUCUGCAUCCAGGUUGGCAGGAACAUCAUCCAUGGCAGUGACUCUGUGGAGAGUGCCAAGCACGAGAUCGGCCUGUGGUUCAAACCAGAGGAGCUGGUCAGCUACACAAGCUGCUCCCACGACUGGCUGUAUUAACUGGUCUGAGAUCAGUCUACCCUCAUCUCAUCCCAUUGAGCUGGGCACACAAACUGAUCCUGGAUCGGUGUCCUCGGACGUGGUUUAAACGGGGCUUCUCUGAGAAUCUCGCCACCUCCCCAAGUGUUCUGUGUGACUGCAUCAGUGAUUGGUCCAUUCCAAGGUUCCCAUCCCAGUUGGCUCCAUUUCCGAGUUACAUUCCUGAAGGCACUUACCGCACCGUUGAAUUUAUGUUCGAUUAUGUUUUGAUUCCAUUUGUCAAAUGGCAAUUUACUUUCCAAUAAAACGCACACAAUCCCA